GUGGGGACCACCCGCGUUCCCUUGACAAUUUCACCCCGCGCACGUGUUUCGCUUUCAGUCAUAAAGUGUUUUAUGUGUGUUUCUCGUACAUUUAAAGUUGUUAUUGAUAUUUGGUGAUGUGAUAUAAAGUGUUUGGUGAAACAUGGCUGUAUUGUUGCUGCUCAGCUUUGUUAUUGCUCGCAGCGUGUCUCACAGCAUUACCUUCUUGGAAGUGCCACAAUGGGUGGACCCGAGGCGCGAGGCGGAACUCCGCUGUCAGUACAUCAGACAGGCCCAAGAUCCGCCCCUCCACUCCGUCAAGUGGUACAGAGACACCAACGAGAUAUUCAGAUACACACCACAGGAGUACGAGACGCGUGCAUUUAACAGCACUGGCGUAGCAAUCACGAACAGUUCUUGCGACGCGCGUGCUUGCGUUAUCACAGUGAGACCUGAGAGAGGAACCGCCAAAUACACAUGUGAGGUGUCCAGCGAAGGACCAAGGUUCGCGGUGGACAGGCGGUCGGCGAACAUGACUCUUGCUGUUCUACCGGAGUACGACCCGCUGAUCACGGGCCUGCCCACGAUAGUGCAAGUGGGCGAGCAGGCGAUGGUCAACUGCACGUCGGACUACUCGCUACCAGCAGCCACCAUCGACUGGUUCGUGGACUCCGAACCACAGGAGGAUCCGCUAAUUACUGACAAGACCCACAUCUCUGGAGCGGACGGGGAGGGAUUGCGGGCAUCCUGGCGGACCCUGCACGUUUUCCCUGAUGACUACUCAACUCACCGCGGCUAUUUAGCGUUGCGUUGUCGCGCUACACUUGCGACAAAACCACCGCACGUGCGGAGCAUGUCGGUGCGACUGUACGUCGCUAGUCGCCCGCAUAUAUCAUCAUAUAUGUUUAGUAAGAAUAAUGCAGUGGCCAGCAGUAGUUCGCAGAGGACGCGAGUAAAUAUAGCUGUUUGGACGUUAGUAGUGCUAAUCAGAAGUCAAGUGCCUUCUUUAUUAAAAUAAAAUGGACAUUAUGAACAAAUAAUUCAAAUUUAAUUACGUAAACAACGUG